AAACCAACGAUUCGGUUGCUGCUCGAUCUCUGAGCGCCUCAACUUCAUUCCGACUAGAUGAGAGGGUGCUGGGAAAUGUCCAGAUUCAUGAGAAAUCCAAACCCGACAGGAUUCAGGACAUUUGAAAGUUAUUUUAAGCUUAUAUGUAUGCAGUCUCUCAGGCUUUUAUAGGCCUAUGGUAAAGGAAACGGAAUGCAGCGCGUGCAGCGGCCCUCGUCAGCACGUGGCACGGCAGUAAGACGGCCUUGACUCAGCUGGAGGUUGUUGGUUCUCUUGGUCCUUUACCGGGGAGCCUUUUACCGACUCCGCUGCUCUACAAGCUGCCAAAGGACCAACGGAUAAACUGCAUUAGUUUAUGGUUUAUUCCAUUUACCACAGCAAAUGUUGGAUGAAGGUUUAUACUGGAGAUGCAGAAUGAAGACCACUUGCCUGCAGACGUGAACAAUUAUCUACAGCGUCCCACCAGCUAGAUCAAGCUUCUUCAGGUGAUCCGCAGUGGUGGCAGGAGGUCAGGAAACCCCCAACCACAGAAUCUUAAUGAAUCGUUCAAAAGUUGACCUGAGGACUAGAAUUUGAGAUCUUUCCCUAUAAGCAGGUUCUGAGUUCCAACCAGUUUCUGACCUCCCAAGUACGACAUUGCAUCGUUGCCAUCAAGGACCAACACAUCUUACACGGGACCUUGCAUCAAUACAAAAUAUUCUUUUUAAAUAACGCUUUUGUGAUUUUUAUUAAUGCAAAGCUUUUACUCUGAAUGUUGAACCUUAAGUGUGGAUGUCUAUAAAAAAAAUAAAGGCUCUGUAAACCAUAUUUCAUUUGUUUAGAAUUAAUAAACUGCUCCGCUGUUGACUGAACUUAACGUGUCACAUGAAUGUGUUAGUCAUUUGUUGUGCCAUCGCAUUGUCUAUAGUUAAGUUAGCUCCUGAUGUUUUAGGUUGAAACCUUGUAGUUGCUGUGUCAUGUUAAACUGAAAGGUCAAAAGCCAUCAGGCAAAACAUUGUGCGGCUGAAACUGAUUUUAUGCUAUAAAAACAAAAUGUGCACGAUUGUUGGCUGGAGACUGGCCUCAAGUGGGUGGUGUCAUUUCUGCCAUGGCAACAUCACAAUAACUUGAUAUUGAUAUGGUAUCACUGUGGGGUUAUAUACUGUUGAUCUAAAGUGGAAUUACCCUGUGGAAACCGCAAUUUGCCAUUUAAGAGCAUUUUGAAAUCGUUAAGAGUCGGUCAAAUGUGGGCAAUUUCAAAUUGCUGUGGUUGGAUAGUGUUGAUACAAAAUGCAACUACUCUUUGGAAAUAUGACUUGCUUUUAAGAGCAUUCUGAAGUCAUGGAGUUCAAAAAUGAUAUUUCACAGGGCUUUUACUUUGAAAUCCAAAUUAAGAUGGCCUUGAUAUUGACAGGCCGUUAAUGGUGAACAAACCUAAAUUAUAUGUUCUUAAAAAUAUGUUAAUUCAGUGAACAAACCUAAAUGAUAUGUUAUGUUCUUAAAAAUGUUAAUUCACUCGAAGUUUACUUUUAUUUUGAAAUCCGGUUUCCACGUCCCUUCCCGUUAUACUUUGAAUAGACGGGGAACUGACAAUAAACGGGUGGCUGGCUUGACACAAGUGCCAUGUAGACGUUCCUUUGCUAACAGAAGGCUAGUUAGUACCUGUACCUCCUCCCGGUUUGGUUUUGAACCGGAGUGGAUCAGAAAGACCUCAGUAGUACUAACUAGCCCGACUAGACGCGCCCUUUACACUCCAUAACCGGAAGUUCCUGGAAGCUAAACGAGCUAACAACGUAGCUAAUGGCCGGUCCCUGGAUAGCGUCACUAAAGGAGUGAGAAGUAGACUGGGGCAUUUGCCGUCUCUCUCAGCCUAAUGGUUUCUGAUCUGAGGCCAACUUCCCAUAACUGGAUCCCCCCUCCAGGUUAGAUCCCGUAGCCCGCUGUUCUGGUCUACGUGGGGUUCACGCCAGCGCGAGCCUUCUCUGUCUGCUAAACUGGUUCUGGGAUCCUGCGGGUGUGUCCCAGACCUAGGAACUGUCAGAACCGGGUCUGACUCUGGAGAAUUUUUAGCAUCAGAGAUCCGGAGGUAAACAGACUAGUUGUUGUUUAUCUAAUUCCCUCUAACCAGAACAUGACCGCGGUUGUGGGCAGAGCCUGGGGUUGGGUCCGGUCCUGGACUAGCCAUGAUCCUCCAGAGAAGACAACUCUGAUCAAUGAGACUGAAAAGCAACCUGACAAAGGUGUGUGGGGCGUCAGAGGCUGGACCUCUUGGAUUUGGGGAGGAUGGAGAAGACCGAGAGACCAAAAUGUCACUGCAGAGCGGUUCUGGGAGGCCCAGGAGAAGCUGCAGCCCGUCGAGAUUGAGGAUCUUAGAGCAGGUAGACCAGAACCAAAGUCUAACGCGCAGGUAUCUCGAUGGUGGAAUAGAUAUCUCCCAACUUCCAUCUGGCCAAGAAAAACAGAUGUAGGUGGACUGAAACGGAGGAGAGUAGGUAAUCCGUGGCAGCAUGAUGAUGAGGACUUCUCUGAUUAUGGAACACCUCCUCCGUCUCCUACACCCCCAUUCCAUCAGAUGACCUCUCCAUUUCGGUUUUUUGCACAAAGCUGGAAGGUGGAAAUCGUUCCGGAACAUUAUGAGAUUUGCUUCAACUUCAUCCGUCACCUGUUUGACCUGUUCGUUGUGGCCUUUUUGUGGACCGUGUCCCCUCCUGCCAGGCUUAUCCUGGAGGUGUUGGGUGUUCAGGGAGCUCUGAGGUUGUGGUUUCAUGGGAUGGCCAUGUUCUUCGUGUCCACGGUUGGAAUGGCAGGAUUACUCUGGUUGAUCCAGGAGUAUCUCCCUCAGUUUGCUCUGAUCUACGGCAUCAUCCAGGCAGUGGUGAUCUCCAUCAGCGUCCGACAGAGCGUGAUCCUCGGUGUGGAGGAGGACAAAGAAGAGCAGGAGAUGGAUGUGAAGGAGGCGGGUGAAGAGAGAGACAUAGACCAUGAAGCUGAGCUUUAGCUUCAGCGGGAUUCCUGGGGCGAGGUCAGGUUGUGGUAAACCUGACAUGUUUAAACACUUUGUGCCACUUUAUAAAAGUAUUUUUGUCUCAGACUGGUUAUUUGUAGGUUUUCUUUAAUUGACCACUCCAGUUACAUCUAAAUACCUUUAAAAAUAAAAGCUUCAUAGCUUUAAAACAAUAGUCACACAACGAUCUGGUACAGAACACCUGAAUGCACAUUCGUCUUCACGGAGUGUUUUUGGUUCCUGAGAGAAGCUUCAGAGGACUGAAAUCCAAACUCGGACCUAAAACGGAAACCAGAUGUCUCCUUUUUUCACAGCAACAGCCUGCUCAGGUUCAAAGCUGCUACGCCGGACCGAUCCAAGCUGACCAGAACCUUCCACUGCUGCAGCUUGAACCUCUAAAGGUUUCAGUUGUGUGUGAGGAAAUGAUAGUUUUAAGUUCAGGGUUCUUUUUUUACCCCCAGUUGUGUUCGGUCUCUUGUUCUGAGUUGACCGUUAGAUUCUGAUCUGGUGUUUUCCUCCGCUGACAGCUGAGGUACGGUUCCGUAAUCCAGGUUUUUCUGAGUAGAAAUCCUUUAAACAUGUAAAGUCUUAUUUCUUUGCUGCUUCUACAUUCGGACACUCCUCUCGUCUACAUGUGUAAAUACAUUUUACUUCUUGGCUUCUACUUUAUAUUUCAGACCCAACAAACCGGGACAACACUUUAAUGAGUGAUGCCUAAAGACGUGUUUGUUAAUAAGCUGCUGCUGUUGAACGUGGAAACACUCCCGCUGCACACGUGUGCAUUCUCACACUCGUUAUUUUUGAAAAGUACAAGGUGACAGCAGCUGUUUCAUCUGGGGUGAAAAUGUGACACCGUCUUCACUUUAUUCUGUUUUAAUAAAGAAUGUUCUGCUGUUGUAUGAAA